UUAGGACAAAACCAACAAAAACAUCUCUUGUCUUUACAAUCUUGUCUUGACAUAGGUUCUUGCUCAAUUCGGACAUGGAUGCAGACUUCUUCUUAAACGACUUCUCUCUGGAAGACAUUAAUUUCGACUUUAAUAGUUACGAAGAAAUUAAUGUAUCACCUGUGGAAGCGAGCAUGUAUACACAAAGAGCUCAGUAUUCAUCAAGUUUUGAUCAUCAAAUGAAUCAUGAUUUCCUAAAAGAGAAGCCAAAGCCUGCGGUGAAGGAGAUGAUGAACAUCAACAACAAACCACGAGUUAUUUCUUUCGAUUUCUCUAGUAAUGUUUCUUCUUCUCCAGAUGAGGAAGACAUUAUUAUGGAUCGAUUGGUUAGCUGUGGAAGCAAAAGAAAAGCAUGUUCUUCUUCCACAAGAUCUCCGGUUCUCGCAAAAGAACAUGUUAUAGCCGAGAGAAAGCGUCGUGAGAAGCUUUCCGAAAAAUUCAUUGCCCUCUCAGCACUUCUUCCUGGUCUUAAGAAGGCAGACAAGAUUACGGUUCUUGAUGACGCGAUUUCACGUGUGAAACAACUUCAAGAACAAAUAAGAAAGCUCAAGGAAGAGAAAGAAGCAAGAGGAGAAAUGGAAUCCAUGAUUCUUGUGAAGAAAUCUAAAGUGUUUUUCGAUGAGCAACCUUACCUAUCAACUUCUUCGUCUUCAUAUCAUGAGAAUUUUGAUCAGCUAUUGCCAGAAAUCGAGGCCAAAGUAGUUCAAAAGGACGUUCUAAUCCGAAUCCACUGCGAGAAGAGCAAAGGGUGCUUGCUUAACAUACUAAACACGAUUGAGAAUCUUCAAUUGCGCAUUGAGAAUAGUAUCGUAUUGCCAUUCGGAGACUCCACCCUUGAUAUCACAGUCCUUGCACAGGUGAUCCAUUUGAUAACAAUUCUCAUUUGCAAAUUAAUGAUAUUUUGUCACGAUUGAUAAUUUGUAUUGAUGUUUACAUGAAAUACUAAUAAAUGUUGAUAAUUCUUAAUCUGAUUUCAGAUGGAGAAAGAUUUUUCAGCGAGUGCACUUAAGGAUCUUAUAAGGAACCUGAGACUCUCAAUGGUUUAGUCCUCUUUGAAGUUUUAUCAACCUACCGUUCAUUAAUGCCAAUAGUUAAGCUGUGGAACGAUACCAUUUAUCUAUAUUUGCUACCGUUUUAUACUAUAAAGCUUUCACUGUAAAGUUUUUUUUUUUCACACGUACAGUAUCACGUGUGUUUGGUGUAUUGUUGUAGGUGAAGUUAUGUCUUCUUCAGGGGUUGAAACUAAAGGGAUUAUUUUCGACAACUACCGUUGAUAUGUUGUUGAAUUUUGCUUACCCCUCUGUUAACUAAUUAAUAAAUAUAUUCAAAAGUACUAGAAAACAAAACUACCUCAAAAGUAUUAGAUAGUAACAUUUUAUAUCAUCAAAAUAAAGAUUAAUUUAUCGAUUCAUCUGUAGAUAAAACAAUAAAAAUGGUAUCCACGCUUUUUAAGUGCGGAUCAAAAAUCUAGUAUUUGUUAAAGUUGGAAAUUUUUAUCCAGGCCUUGUGAUCGAAUGAGAAGAGAUGGAUCUUGAAUACCAACAGAUUUCAAGUUUAAUCUAUCUAAUUGGUGAAACUAUAUUACAUUGUUCCUCCACAUCCAUAAGGAUAUGAACCUCUUUCUGGUCUUUUAGCCCAUCUCCACAUUUGGAAAAAACUUUAUCAAGAAGAUGCACUUUUUUAGAGAUUAACUUGGAUCCCUUCAUAGAUCCGGAUAUAAUACUUUCAGAUUAAUUUUCAAAAUUGGAACAUUUGAAAUGUCUUAAUUUAAUAUUAAAAACCAAAUGGAAUAAUCAGAAAUGUUUCAAUAGAGAG